GCUGCCGCCGGCCUCUUUGCGCAACACCUUCGCUAUAUAUACUCAGGCCUCGGAGGCUGAGCUCCGCCUGGGUGCCUCCUUCGGUCCAUUAACUGCGCGAGGAGCGCUGACCAUGGCUCCUUGGCCUGAGCUGGAAAAUGCCCAGCCCAACCCCAAUAAAUACUUGGAAGGGGUCACCAGUCAGCAGUCCACCACAACUGAGAAAGGCAAGGAGACCAACAAAAAUGACACCAGGAGCCCUGUGACCAAGAUCGAACUUCUGCCAUCCAAUUCCACUGUGGCACUGAUAGAGGAGCCCACCCAGGUGGCAGACCCCUGGGACCUGCCUGAGCUUCGGGACACCGGGAUCAAGUGGUCAGAGAGAGACACCAAAGGGAAGAUCCUCUGUGUCUUCCAAGGAAUUGGGAAAUUUAUUUUGCUUCUGGGAUUUCUCUACUUCUUCGUGUGUUCCUUGGAUGUCCUCAGCAGUGCCUUCCAGCUGGCUGGAGGAAAGGUGGCUGGACAGUUCUUCAGCAAUAACUCCAUUAUGUCCAACCCCGUGGCUGGGAUGGUGAUUGGCGUGCUGGUGACCGUCCUGGUGCAGAGCUCCAGCACCUCCUCCUCCAUCGUCGUCAGCAUGGUGGCCUCUUCACUGCUGAGUGUGCGUGCAGCCAUCCCCAUUAUCAUGGGGGCCAACAUUGGGACCUCAAUCACCAACACCAUUGUGGCGCUCAUGCAGGCAGGAGACCGGAAUGAGUUCAGAAGGGCUUUUGCGGGAGCUACUGUCCAUGACUUCUUCAACUGGCUGUCUGUGUUGGUGCUCUUGCCCCUGGAGGCAGCCACCCAUUACCUGGAGACCCUGACCGAUUUGGUGGUAGAGACCUUUCACUUCAAGAAUGGAGAAGAUGCCCCAGCACUUCUGAAAGUCAUCACAGACCCCUUCACCAAGCUCAUAAUCCAGCUGGAUAAGAAGGUUAUCAGCCAAAUUGCAAUGAAUGAUGAAGCCGCCAUAAACAAGAGUCUGAUCAAGAUUUGGUGCAAAACUUUGACCAACGUGACUCAAAUGAAUGUCACUGUCCCUUCGCCUGAGAACUGCACCUCGCCUUCCCUUUGUUGGUCGAAUGAUUUGUACACCUGGACUAUCAAGAACGUGACCUCCAAGGAGAACAUUGCCAAGUGCCGGCACAUCUUUGUGAAUUCCAACCUCCCGGACAUUGUUGUUGGCACCAUCCUGCUGUUAAUCUCCCUGCUGGUCCUCUGCGGCUGCCUGAUCAUGAUCGUCAAGCUCCUGGGCUCUGUGCUCCGGGGACAGGUGGCCGUUGUCAUCAAGAAGACCAUCAACACUGAUUUUCCAUUUCCCUUUGCCUGGGUGACCGGCUACCUGGCCAUCCUCGUGGGGGCAGGCAUGACCUUCGUCGUGCAGAGCAGCUCCGUCUUCACAUCCGCUAUGACCCCCCUGAUCGGUAUUGGUGUGAUCAGCAUCGAGAGGGCGUACCCGCUCACGCUGGGCUCCAACAUCGGCACCACCACCACCGCCAUUCUGGCUGCCUUGGCCAGCCCUGGCAAUACCCUGAGGAGCUCACUGCAGAUCGCCCUGUGCCACUUCUUCUUCAACAUCUCAGGCAUCGUGCUAUGGUACCCGAUCCCCUUCACCCGCCUGCCCAUCCGCCUGGCCAAGGGCCUGGGCAUUGUCUCCUCCAAGUACCGCUGGUUUGCCGUCUUCUACCUGAUCUUCUUCUUCUUCCUGAUCCCGCUGGCUGUGUUCGGCCUCUCGCUGGCCGGCUGGCCGGUGCUGGUGGGCGUGGGCGUGCCGAUCAUCUUCGUGAUCCUUCUGGUGGUGGUCCUCAAUCUCCUGCAGUCGCGCUGCCCGCGCAUCCUGCCCGGAAGGCUCCAGAACUGGAACUUUUUGCCGCUGUGGAUGCACUCGCUGAAGCCCUGGGACGACCUGAUCUCCCUGUUCGCCGGCUGCUGCCAGAACCGCUGCUGUCUCUGCUGCCGGCUCUGCUGCCGUACGUGCUGCCUGCUGUGCGGCUGCCCACCGUGCUGCCGCUGCAGCGGCUGCUGCCAGAACCUCGAGGAGGAGCCUGAGUUGCCCAUCAAGGUCCCCGAGGCCUUUGAUAAUGUGGCCAUGAGCCGGGAGGCCCCAGAUGGGCCCCCGCAGGCUCAGGGGGAGGCCGGGGGCACCAGAAGCGUCACUAGCAGCACCGCCUUGUAGGGGUGGCCCGGAGGUAGGAGGGGGCGCCCCCCAGCAGCCCAUCGGUCUCCGCGGGCCCUCCUCUGCCUGGCGGGGAGCCAUUCCUCCUCAGAAAGCUGUUCACAUCAGCCCCCGCUUUCAUGGCCCUUGGCCCGGUAGCCUGCACAGUGGCUCCAUCUCGGUGCAGACUCCCGAGCUUCCGCCUACAAGAUGUGCUCAGUAAUCCUGAAAGACUGGGACAGAGAAUGCCUCCAGAUGAUCACACUGCCCAGCCCGGCCCAGCUGGCUGGCUCCACAGAACCCAUUUUUCAGACUCCAGCAGUCCUCUUCCAAAAACCCCCUGAGGGAGGGAUUUAUGGAAGGUUCUCCAAGAUGUACAUGUUACGUGCGUAUGUGAUGGUGAGAAUACUCUGCCAUCUCUCUUAUUUACCAAAGAUUUGCCUCAGCCAAGAGCAGUUGCCCCCAGGAGCUCUUGCCCCAGACCAGACCCCUUGGGUGGGGAAGGUGUGGGAAUAGUGUAAUUGUGUGGAGACUUGGUGAGGACCACAGGGUGGGCCUUUACCCUUUGCCAGAGCUCCACAAGUCCCUCGUUGGGUGUCUUCACCUAGACAGGUGUGGCUCACCUAAGCUUCCCUGCUGUGUCCUUGCCCAAGUUCUUAGGGCAGGAGCUGCAUCUGAGCUACCAAGAGGUUCAGAGUGCACUUUGGCUCCCCUGUUGGCUCCAUCUUUCCGAGAAGUGAAUGGUCCAAAUCCUGAUCUGGGCAGUUGGGAGGAUGAGAGCUAGGGGCUGGGGAGCACUGGGGUAGAGAUGGUUUAUCUGGUACAAGAGCCUAGGGCUCUUGACUCGGCUACUCUAAAAGCCAAAUUGACCAUCAGGCUAGAGCCCAGUGCUACCCUUUUGAUCAGAUAAAAUUGCCCUCGUUGAGUCUUUUGGAAUAAGAUCCGAAGCCCCUCUGAUCCCCUCCACUGCUGCCACCGUGAAUCCCAGGAAAGACAUGAGACAAUUG